AUGGGGUACUCGUUCAGCUCCAACGAAAAUGUGGCCUUGCGUGGAAAAGCAACCCAGUCAAGCCGCUACAACCAUGCUCUUGGAGCUGCAUACAACGCCAUAGAUGGAAAUCGGAAUGCUGCCUGGGUCGCUGGAUCGUGCUCGCACAGUAAUACAGCGACCAACCCGUGGUGGAGAGUGGAUCUGCUGGAGUCCUACAUCGUCACAUCGAUCAGCAUCACCAACUUAGACGUACUUGCAGAAAGGCUCGAUGGAGCAGAGAUCCACAUCGGCAACUCUCUGCAGGAAAAUGGUGCUGCAAACCCGGUGGUCGCUGCGAUAACUCACAUCCCAGCUGGACGGACGUUGAAAAUAACCUUCACCAAACAUGUGGAGGGACGUUAUGUGACUGUGGUGCUGCCCGGUCAAGGGAGAGUCCUCGUCUUCUGUGAAUUGGAGGUUUACGGCUUCCGUGCACCGACUGGAGAGAACUUGGCCCUGCAGGGAAAAGCCACGCAGUCGUCCCUCAAGACCAUCGGCCUGGCCUACAACGCCAUCGAUGGAAACCGAGCCAGCCGCUGGACUCAGGCUUCUUGCUCUUCCACACUUGAGGAAAUCAGCCCCUGGUGGCGUCUGGACUUAGGCAAAACCCAUCGAGUGUUUUCCGUCAAUAUAACGAGCUUUUUAUCCGCUGAAAUCGCCGGAGCUGAAAUUCGAAUCGGAAAUUCUCUCGACCACAACGGCAACAACAACCCGAGGUGUGCGGUGGUGGAAGACAUCCCCCCAGGCUUCACCGAGUCGUUCCAGUGCGGCGGGAUGGACGGCCGCUUCGUGAACAUCGUCAUCCCCGGACGGAGAGCGAGUCUGUCCCUGUGCGAGGUGGAGGUUCACGGAAAUGGCUCCACUGGAGUGGAGGUAAAGAUAGUGAGGAACAUUAAGAAAACAACGGUUAACAGCUGUCGCCGUUUGGGGAAAUCUCAGUUGAAUCUCUGGACUCCAAGAAGAAAGUGUCUCUUUGUCUGGAUUUCCAGAAUGAUGAAACUCAGAGUUUUCCUCCCUCUGCUCCUCCUGGGGACGGUUUCCUGCUACAAAAACGUGGCCUUACGGGGAACAGCGUCCCAGAUCAGCCAGUACGACAGCAUGUUCGGAGCCGCCUCCAACGCCAUCGAUGGGAACCGAGCCGCGACCUUCAAGGGCGGGUCCUGCACUCACAGCCGAGAGACGAGGGACCCGUGGUGGAGGGUGGACCUGCUGCGGCCCUACAUCGUGACCUCCAUCACCGUCACCAACAGAGGAGACUGCUGCGAGCACAGGCUCAACGGGCUGGAGGUCCACAUCGGGGACUCUCUUGAGAACGGAGGCAACCGUAAUCCCAGGUGUGCAGUCAUCUUAGAAAUGGAGGCGGGUGAAUUGGUUGAGUUCAACUGCAAUGGGAUGGAGGGCCGCUACGUCAGCAUCGUCAUCCCGGACAGGGAGGGCUCCCUGGUGCUGUGCGAGGUGGAGGUGUACGGCUCGCCGCUGGAUUACGGAUCGACUCGUUCAUCCAAACACGCCGAGGAGGUUUUCGGUUCUUCUCAAAUCUUGGGACUCCGAGAAGAAAGCGGCGGCUGCUUUGUCCGGAUCUCCAGGAUGAAGAAACUCGGGGUUUUAAUCCUCCUCCUCCUCACUGGGACGGCCUCCACUGACCAGAACCUGGCCCUCCGUGGGAAGGCGACCCAGGCGCACCGCUUCGAACACGUGUUCGGCGCCGCCGACAGCGCCAUCGACGGGAACCGUGACUCCAACUACAACAAGGGCUCGUGCACACACACCGUGAAAAUGGCCGACCCGUGGUGGAGGCUGGACCUGCUGCAGACCUACGUGGUCACCGCCGUCGUCAUCACCAACCGGCAGGACUGCUGCAAAGUCAGGCUCAACGGGCUGCAGGUCCGGAUCGGGAACUCCAAGGCCGACAACGGCCUGACGAACCCCACGGUUGGUAAAUUUCCUCUCGCUACGGAUGAGACGAUCGUUAAAAAUUUCACCGAGCGGGUGGAGGGACGCUACGUCACUUUGGUUCUCGCCGGUCACAAUGAGUUCCUGACCGUCUGCGAAGUGGAAGUCUACGGUUACCCUGCUCCAACGGGAGAAAACCUGGCGCUGAAGGGAAAAGCCUCCCAGUCCUCACUGCACUCGUUCGGCCUCGCCUACAACGCGAUCGACGGGAACCGCGACACCCGGUGGGAACACGGCUCCUGCAGUCAGACAGACCACGAACUCAACCCCUGGUGGCGACUGGAUCUUGGCAAAACGCACAAAGUGUUUUCUGUUAAGGUCACAAGCCAGGAAUCGAACCCGGAACGACUCCACGGAGCCGAGAUCCACAUCGGAGACUCUCCGGAAAACGACGGCAACACCAACGCCAGGUGUGGGGUGAUCAGCAAACUGGAGGCGGGAGCAGUCGCCGAGUUCCAGUGCAACGGGAUGGACGGCCGCUACGUGAUCAUCAUCAUCCCCGACCGGGAGGAGUUCCUGACGCUGUGCGAGGUGGAGGUGUACGGCUCGCCGCUGGACUAGAUCAAACUCCUCAUCUUUGUUGUAAAGGAGCACUAGAGGUCAUGCCUCUGUUGAACACCAGGCGGUGCUGUUGAGCCGCCUUCAUCUGUCUUUAGUAUCGUUGCAGCAUUCCGGAUUAGAUCCAGUUGGUAAAUGUUAUAAACCAGAUUAAACUAUUGCGGUGAACCAGGUCUCCUCUGAAUUACUCACUACUCCGCCUUGUGGUGAAAAUCUGUACUACAAGACCAAAAUAGCAUCGAAUUGAAAAACUUGUGAACUUUUUAAUAAAGCACUCAAGAUGUAUGUGUUUCAAUCGAGGUGAUAAAUUUGAAGAUGAGCUGCCGUUGACUCCACUCAGCCCGUUACACUUAUAAAUUUUAAAGAGAUUAAAUGGAAACUUGAUUUGACAGUUCUGUUUUCAUCAUAAAUCUGACAGACCAGAGGAAGUACAGGCGAUCUGCACUGGGAUCCUGUAAAAAGGGGGUAAAUCACCACUGCUUCGUCACGGGAGAUGAGGAAAGCUGCGUUCACAUCGUCACCGAUCGAGAGAUCAGGUUACUCUCUUCACAUCAAGUGGUCAGAUUGAAGACGACCUCAUUCAGUUGGAGGAUCAGUCCCAUAAUGCCUUUGGGCUGUGCACCUGAUAGAUGUAUUGUCACCAUUUAACCUGGUGUUGUUUUAACUCCAAUACAGACUGGUCAUGCUUUGCCAUCACUUCUGAUUCUAUGCUUUUCCCCUCCAGACUUGCACGUUGAAGGCUACAAAAUACAGGAUAUUGGAGGGUUUUUAGACAUUUCAAUAAAAUUUGUACUACUGCUUUUC